AUGCCCGAGAUCUUCCGCUUCCCCGGCUGCGAAAGCUUCACGCACGGCCUCGGCGCUUUGGAGACAUUGCCUUUCGAAGGUUGGAUUCAGUUGGCGGGCCUCCUGGGCGCUCACGAGGUCCUUGUGAAGCCCCGUGCGGGUGGCAUGGGCCCCAACGACUUCGGCCUGGGCACCGAGCUCUUGGACGGCAUCGACGACGCCGAGCUGGAGCGCCGCAUGACGGUGGAGCGCAACAACGGGCGCCUGGCGAUGGUCGCCAUUAUGGGGCUGAUGGUGCAGGAUGGCAUGUUUGGCGAGCCACCUCUGACCUACAUGUCCAAGAAUGGCUGGUGGGGUGAGCCUGUUCAGUGGUAUGUGCAGCACAUCAACAACUGCCAAUCCAGCAUUGACUCCGUUGUGCAGAACGCGAACGUUUGCGCUUUGCCUCGGCGCAUUGGGCGCACCCAGAUGAGGGCCUCAGCCAAGCUGAGCGAAGGGCCCUUCAUUGAGACUGAGACCUACCCUAAGGAGAUGGAGAUGUCAGCAGCGGUGCCAUUCCUCCGCUAUCCGCAGGUCUUGAAGGGCUGGGUGGGCGAGGAGAAGGGCUUCGAUCCGCUGGGCGUCACCGACGCGCUCCCGGUCUACUGGGUGCGAGAGGCGGAGUUGAAGCACGGCAGGGUCUGCAUGUUGGCCACCGUGGGUUGGAUCGCCGUGGACAUGGGUUUCCGCUUCCCGGGCGACAAGUUCCAGGCGGUGGCCAACAGCUUUCAGGCCCAUGACCAGAUGGUGGAGGCAGGCUACAUGCUCCCCUUCCUGGGUGCCAUUGGCACCGUGGAGCUUUACUCCGGAUGGCUCUUGUACCAGGGCUGGUUGAAUGAAGUGAAGCGGGAUGCCGGAGACUUCUUCGUGGGCAAGAAUUUCCUCCCAAAGGAGCCUGCCAAGGAGAAGGACAUGCGCCUCAAGGAACUCGAGAACGGCCGCCUGGCGAUGUUCGCCUUCAGCGGCAUCGUAACACAGGCGGCGCUGACCGGAAAGAGCUGGCUGCGGAAGCUCCUCACGAUGGCCACUACCUGCAUGAGAACUUUGUGCUGGUCCUUCAUUUUCUGCUUCAUGGUGAUGACCAUUUGGGCCAUGCUGCUCGUGGACGUGGUCCAGCCGUUGAUCUUGAAGCUUCACGAAGAUCGGGGCACCUUUGCAGAUUGCGAGCAGUGCCUCCGGGCGGCAUCUUCCGUGAUGGACGCGAACCUGCUUCUCUUCAAGACAGUCAUCGCGGGAGACGGCUGGGGCAAGAUUGCUAUACCCGUCAUUGAGGCCUAUCCCGGCACUGCCGUGAUCUUCGUGGGAUCCUUGCUCACCUUGGUCUUCGGAGUGCUGAACCUCAUUGUGGCUGUGGUCGUAGACACUUUUGCCGAGGCUAGAGAACGCGAUGUCCUGAACCUGGCUGAGGAGAUGGAAACCGAUAUCGAGAUGGACAAAAAAUUCCUCCAGAAAAUCUUCGACCGUGUAGAUGAGGAUGGAAGUUGCUUGGUCAACUUGAGAUAG